AUGUCAUCAGCGGUAGCAGCUACAUUAGCAUCAAACAAAGUAGAAGCCCGCGAAUAUAUUGGGCCUAAUUUGAAUGUCACUUUGACAUGUCCCGAAUGUAAAAUCUUUCCACCUGACUUGAUUGAGCGAUUCAGUGAGGGGGACAUUGUGUGCGGAAGUUGUGGAUUAGUUUUGAGUGAUCGGGUGGUUGACACAAGAUCUGAAUGGAGGACGUUUAGUAAUGAUGAUCAAAACGGAGAUGAUCCAUCGCGUGUGGGUGACGCAGGGAAUCCGCUUUUGGAUACGGAAGACUUGUCUACAAUGAUUUCGUAUGUGCCUGAUAAUACCAAAGUUGGCCGGGAAUUAAGUCGAGCACAAUCCAAGUCUUUGGUUGACAAGAAGGAUAACGCCUUGGCAGCAGCCUACGUAAAGAUCUCUCAAAUGUGUGACGGAUACCAGUUGCCCAAGAUAGUACAGGACGGGGCCAAAGAGGUGUACAAGAUGGUUUACGAGGAGAAGCUUCUUAGAGGUAAAUCCCAGGAAUCUAUCAUGGCUGCAUCGAUAUUUAUAGGCUGUCGUAAGGCGAAAGUGGCUCGUUCUUUUAAGGAAAUCUGGGCAUUAACGAAUGUUCCCAGGAAAGAAAUUGGAAAGGUGUUUCGAAUAAUGGACAGAAUUAUUCGUGAAAAGAAUGCAGCAAACCCACAAUCUGCAGCAUAUUACAGUCAAGACAAUAUUCAAACUACUCAAACCUCUGCAGAAGAUUUGAUUAGAAGAUUUUGCUCACAUCUUGGUUUGAAUACCCAGGUGACAAAUGGAGCUGAAUAUAUAGCAAGAAGAUGCAAAGAAGUGGGUGUUUUGGCAGGAAGAUCUCCUACAACCAUUGCCGCAACUGUUAUUUAUAUGGCUUCAUCAGUUUUUGGAAUUGAUUUACCACCUUCAAAGAUUUCAGACAAGACUGGUGUCAGUGAUGGGACAAUCAAGACGUCUUACAAGUACAUGUACGAAGAAAGAGAAAAGUUGGUUGACCCAUAUUGGAUUGAAACAGGGAAAGUUAAGUUGGAAAACAUUCCAAAGAAUUAA